AUGAUCGAGCGUUUCCACCGACAGUUCAAAGCAGCACUCAUGUGCCACCCGGACUCAACCUGGCCUGAAGCCAUCCCAGCCGUCACCCUAGGUCUUCGCGCCACCUUCAAGCCCGACAUUCAGGCUACACCUGCAGAGGUCGUCUACGAGGAACCCCUCCGUCUCCCAGGCGAAUUUCUUGCUGCACCGCCAUCCACUACCGCGACGUCAGAUCCCAUCGAUUUCAUCGCCCGGCUCCGACGCACCAUCGCUGCCCUCCACCCGUCACCUGCAGCUCACCACUGUAAGACCGCCCCCUUCGUUUUCAAGGAUCUGGCAACGUCCUCGCACACUUUUCUCCGCGACGACACCGUCCGCCGGCCUUUACAGCCACCUUACAGCAGACCCUACCCAGUUCUCCGUCGCGACGACAAAACCUUCACCCUGCGCAUUAAAGGGAACGCCGUUCGCGUCUCUAUCGACCGGAUGAAGCCGGCCUACACCGAUUCCGCCGAACCAGGGAAUACCAGUGCAUCCACAGACGUCCAUCCACGACCGCCGACAUCGCAGCCUGCUUCUGUCACUACACGCAGCGGACGUCGGGUACGCUGCCCAGAUUUUUACAAGCCCUGA